ACAACUGGGCAUUCCAACUCCAGCCAUGGACAUCGUAAUUAAACUCAAAAUCUCUUCUACGAGCAAGCUUUAGAAAACAUCAUAGCAAUGGAGCACAUUGUAGAAACAAUAAGACCAGACAAGAAAAGAAAAUGCAAUUCCUAAGAUACCAGAGGACGCCGUUGAACAUGAUAGGAGGGGAAACAAGAAAGACAGGCUCACAUUAGUUACACCUCUUUCUCCUCAGCCCUAACAUCUGAUCUGCUUCCUCUGGCAAGCAGCUACCAAGCACGUCAUCAACACACUCAGAAGCUGCUUAAGCGCUCUUCACUGAAGCAUGUGUUGACUCGUCUGGACCGUGGUUGACAUGGUUUCUUUUUUUAAAAGCAGUGUGACUCACUAGAUCACUACAACGGAGGCAGGCUUUAUUAUUUGGGGAAUUUCAAACAGACAGAAGCAGAAGUGGUGCAAAUUCUGAAAGAGUGCUCUUCACUCUGGCCCUGCGAGAAUGUCUGCCUAGAGUGAACUACACCGAGGAAGCCUCUACAGGUUACUUUAGGCAUAUUUACACUAAUUAAUGGCCGCAGAUAUAUUUGCUGUAUCACUUCCUGUUCAAGAAGGGUCCUACCAGAGGUCGCUGAGAGAGCUCCGGGUACGCCUGGUGGACCAGCUGGAAGAGCACAUCAGCUCCCUCAUUGAACAGCUGCUCCUCGGGGAGAUCUUCUCCAGGGACGAUCGCGAGGAUGUGCUCUGUGAGCCAGGGCCCCGAGCCAGAGUCCGGAAAGUUCUGGACAUUCUGGACUGUAAGGGGGAGGAGGCUGCCAGCUCAUUCCUCUCCAUGUGUAGGCAUCUGCAGGAGGCAGGGAGACAACCCACUCAACAGACACAGUCUGCUGGCUACCGUAAAGUGAUUCAAAAGCACAAACAGACGCUCAAGCGCAGGAGUGAGAGCAUGCUCUUCUAUAACACUCGACACGGAGAGAAAAUUCUCUUCUCUGAGCAUUAUGUCAAUCUCUUGCUUGUGAAGGGACAUCACAGCCUUGAAGUAAAAAAGCAUGAGAUUCUGGCCUUUGGGCAGCAGCGGAUUUCACUACAGCACCAAGCACCGGAGCAGAGAGUGAUCAAACCGGCACAGCUGUUUUCUGAUAUGGCUGCCAGUCAACCUGCAAAAAAGAUACUAGUUACGGGAGUGGCUGGCAUUGGCAAAACAGUCUUGGUCCAGAAAAUCCUGUGUGACUUUGGAAACAACCAGGGAUAUUUCAACUUUGACUUCGUGAUCCACCUGACCUUCAGGGACCUGAAUUUGAUCAGCAAACCCAUAAGCCUCAGAGAGCUGGUUCUACGCAAGAAUGGGUACCUAGCUAAAGAGUUGGAUAACAUAUUUGCCAAUGAUGACAAGCUGCUGUUUGUGCUGGACGGAUUUGAUGAGUUUAAACACUACAGGGGGUGUGAUGUGGAGGAAUUUGUAACAGAGGAGGAUGAGGAGGGAGAGGUAGUGCAGAUCUUUGCAAGUCUAAUGCAAGGGGAGCUCCUUCCAGAGGCCUCUGUAGUCCUUACCAGCAGACCAACAGCCGUCAGCUACAUCCCCAUUGGCUGCAUUGACUGCUUUGCCCUCAUCACUGGAUUUUCUAUGGCCGAAAUCAGGGAUUUCUUCCUAAAGUACUUCCAGGAGGAAGGUCUGGCACUCAGAAUGUUUGAAGUAGUCAGGGCCAAUGAACUGAUGUUGACGUUGUGCUUCAUACCAGGCUUCUGCUACAUUGUGUGCAGCAUUCUGAGGGACAGUGAUGGCUUCUCAGGCAGGAGCCCCAAGACCAUGACAGAUAUCUACACACAGUACCUGGUGGCCUUGCUUCGGUCCCACACUCAAAACAGGGCAGGAUCAGCUCAUGACGUCAGUGCUGAAGAGGAAUGCCUGGAACAGCUAUCAGAUACUGUGCUAAGCCUAGGCCGACUGGCCUACCAGAAGCUACUGGCCCACGAGACUCUCUUCUACAGCCGCACCUCUGAAGUGCGGCAGCUGGCUGGCAACAACCUGGUCAGCACCUUCCUGGAUAAGACAUCGAUCCAAGAGCCAGGCUGCAAUGAGGACGUGUACUCCUUCACGCACUUCACCGUCCAGGAGUUCUUUGCCGCCCUCUACUACGUGCUGGAGGAGCACCCUUCCCCAGACAUCCUGGAGGCCGAGGUGAAUCUCGGGCGAGAGGCAAGCACAGGAUAUCUGGACCUGUUCAGAAGGUUUCUCUCCGGUCUGCUCUCCGAGCGGAACCAGCAACUGCUCUCCCGGCACGUGCGGAUGGGGACGAGCCGCAAAGCAGAGUCCUACCUGCCCAGGCUGCUCAGAGACAUCCAGAGCCUGUGUGAAAAUGGAGCCUUCAUUCUGAACCACCUGCACUGCUUCUUUGAGCAGCAGGACGUCACCCUGGCCCAAGCGCUACAUCCCAUGGACCUGCGCAUUAAUGUCAGUGAUGACAACCUCUCCCCCAUGGACUAUGGAGUUAUCAAGUACUUCCUGAACCUAAUGUAUGGGAAUAUUUCAGAGCUGGACCUAACUGGGACCAACUUAAACACUGAGUCUAUGACGGCUCUAAAGCCCUACCUGUUCAGGUGUCAGAAACUAUGGCUCGGAGAGAACAAUCUUGACAUUGAAGCAAUGCAGAUUCUGGCUGAAGUAUUACAGUCUACAAAUAAUAUGAUGCACCUUGGUCUAGGAUGGACAAACAUUGGUGACGAGGAGUUGCUGGUUCUAGCUGAUGCCUUAAAAACAAAUCAAGCACUGCAGGGGCUAUGGCUCGAAGGAAACAACAUAACCUUCCGAGGUCUGUCAGCAUUAACUGAUUUCCCCCAGUUUUCUUUGCAUAAAGUCAUUGUCAUUUGGAACAAUUUAAGUGAGGAGGAGGCUGAAAAACUCAACAGCAUCUGCCAUAGAGAGUGCUUCAUUGCAGGCUUCACAAAAGACAACACGUGGGAAGGUUGGGGUGAUUGGGUCCUUCAAAGGUGUCAGGUCAGCAACAAUGAGAAGCUGGUGACUUUUCUGAACAAGGUCUGCAACAUUCCCAUUUACUGCAUGGAAAUCGGCUGGGUGGAGAGGUUUUACAGGAAACUGACAGAAAUGAUCAGGGCCAGGAUCGAUCUGUGCAGUGAAGAGGAUGUACGACGAAAACUGGUGAAGUUUCUGGACAUUUUGGACUUGUGAUAUUUUCCGUCCCAAGUACCAGCGCCGUAGAUGGAGGGGGGCAAUUGGGACACUUUGUCCUGGGCCCGAGAGGGGUCCAGGAUAUGGGGUGCAAAUAUUUUUUAUAUGUCACAAAAUAUGUUGGGGGGGGGGGG